AUGUGGUCUCGAAUGUCGUGUCGGGGAAUCUCUUGUAGCGCUCUUGCGUGCAGGGCAGCCCCAGUGUUCGCGGACAAGAACGAGGUAGCGUUCCCAAUCGAAGGGAAACAACCUAGAGUCUCUGACGUAAGGAAUGCUUUCACAAAGAUUAAGUCAGGUGAUAACAUCUACGUUCACGGGGUCGCAGCAACACCGACUCCACUUCUGAAAGGACUCUGCGAGCAUGCUAAGGCCAACAACCUCAAGGGAAUCAAACUUCACCAUCUCCAUCUUGAAGGGGAAACACCUUGGACGGCACCAGACGUACGCGGUCGUAUUCGAUCCAAUAGCUUGUUCACUGGCACAAACCUUCGUGGAGCUGUCAAUGAAGGUGUUGCUGAUUUCAACUCUUGUUUUCUACAGGAGGUUCCUCUGCUAUUCCGUAGAGGAGCCAUCAAACUAAAUGCUGCAAUCAUUCACGUUUCGCCUCCUGAUGAGAAGGGCUACUGCACACUGGGAACAUCGGUGGCUGCAGCAAGAGGAGCUGUUACGAAUGCAGAUCACAUUAUCGCUAUGGUAAACAAACACAUGCCUAGAACUUUCGGGGACACUGUCAUUCACUCGUCGCGCAUUGACGUUCUUGUUGAAGACCAUACCUUUAAACUCCAUGAGCGACAUAUCGGAAAAGAUAGCGAGGAGGAAAAGAAGAUUGGGCAAAUCAUUGCAGAAAGUUUGGUUGAGAAUGGGGCUACUCUUCAGAUGGGUAUUGGAGCCGUCCCAGAUGCUGCCCUCGCUGCCUUAAAAAAUCACAAAGAUCUGGGUAUUCAUACUGAAAUGUUCUCUGAUGGCGUGUUAGAUCUUAUUAAAUGUAGUGCAAUUACAAAUAGCAAAAAGGUUGUUUAUCCUGGGAAGCUAGUUGUUGGUUUUGUGUAUGGAUCAACCAAACUAUAUAACUUCUUAAACGACAAUCCUCUCGUGCUAUUCGGCGACAUCCAAUGGGUGAACGAUCCCGCUAUCAUACGCCAAAAUCCCAAAGUGACCGCUAUUAAUUCGGCUGUCGAGGUUGAUCUCACUGGCCAAGUUGUUGCUGAUUCUGUCGGCAAGCGUUUCUUGUCUGGCUUCGGCGGUCAGGUGGACUUCAUUCGUGGUGCUGCUAUCGGAGAUGACGGACUUGGCAAACCCAUCAUUGCUCUCCCAUCCAUCUCCAAAAAAGGGCAGAGUAAGAUAGUCCCUUACAUCAAUGAGGGAGCCGGCGUUGUGACUACGAGAUCUCACGUACACUAUGUUGUGACCGAGCAUGGUAUUGCCCAGUUGUGGGGAAAGAACAUGCGACAACGGGCGUACGAGCUAAUCAAAAUUGCACAUCCUUCUCAACGAGAAUUCCUCGAGAAAUCCGCUUUUGAGAGAUUGAAAGUGAUGCCGUCAGCCGACUAG